CCCAGAGAAGCAGGGCAAACUGCAUGCAGGCAACAUGACUUCAUCAUUGUGGCGACUGGUCUGUGUCAUUCCCAUUCUGGUGACAGGAAUACAGGGAACUUCCCAGCUUCCAUCACAGAAACGUCAAAUUGUCUCAGUUAGUCCUUCAAUCCCACAAGUGUCCCUGCAAGUCACUCCAAGGUUCUAUCAGCGCUUUGAAGACAUCACAUCUAUGGAACACACCUCUGAAGAAGUGCCAAGUGCUGAAAUGAUCCAAGAGCUCCAGCUGGAUGAUUACACCUUCCACGGCUUCCAGCAGCAGGAGGAGAAUGCCCGGACAGCUGGAGGCACUAAUUCCAGGUUUUAUCACUAUCAGCCCUCCCAUCACCAGCUGCAUCAGAAAAGGCGGACGGUCCCACAGCUGCAGCACGGUGCUGCACCAUUUGCAUCUCGGCAGCGUGCUAAAGAUUCAAGUGGCUCUCCUGCAUCGAUCAGAACUGCUGCAGUGACAAGAUCCAACUGCAAAAAUCGCCCUAUAGACCUGGUCUUCAUCAUAGAUAGCUCCCGCAGUGUACGUCCUUCUGAGUUUGAGAAGGCCAAGGAGUUCCUGCAAGACAUGGUGGACAGCUUGGAGAUAGGGGCUGACGCCACACGAGUAGGCCUCGUCAAUUAUGCCAGCACAGUAAAGAUUGAGUUUCUACUCAAAACAUAUUUUGACAAGUCUGCCCUGAAGCAGGCACUGGCCCGUGUCGAGCCCCUUGCCUCAGGCACCAUGACAGGCCUGGCUGUUAAGAGUGCCAUGGAGAAAGCAUUCACUGUGGAGGCAGGGGCCCGAGCGAGCACUAUGAACAUUGCCAAAGUGGCCAUCAUAGUGACGGACGGGAGGCCCCAGGACCAGGUGGAGAGUGUAUCAGCAGCAGCUCGUGCAUCUGGGAUUGAGAUCUAUGCAGUGGGAGUAGACAGAGCUGAUAUGAUGUCCCUCCGCCUUAUGGCCAGCCAGCCACAUGAGGACCAUGUCUUCUACGUGGAGACCUAUGGUGUCAUAGAGAAGCUCAUUUCCAAAUUUAGGGAAACCUUGUGUGGUAAGGGUGACGAUAACAGGAGUGCGGAUAUUCCAGUAAAUGGUGGAGUUGAUAAUUAUGGACUAGACCUAGAUGGCAGGAAAGACGUUAAUGGAAUGAAUAGCGAAAAUGACGAUAAAGGAAACAACGGUUUGGAUGCAUGUGCUCAGGGACACAGUUGCCAGCACAUCUGUGUCAACACUGGCUACUCAUACAGCUGCAAGUGUCACUCAGGCUACGUCUUGAAUCCAGACAAGAAAACAUGCUCACCGUCAAAUGCGUGUGCCUGGGGCCAUGAUUGCCAGCACAUAUGUGUCAACAGUGGUGACUCAUACACCUGCAAAUGUCGAGUGGGAUUUGUGUUGAAUACAGACCAGAAAACAUGCUCACGUGUGGAUGCAUGUGACCAAGGACAUGACUGCCAGCAUAUCUGUGUCAAAAAUGGCGAUUCUUACCUUUGCAUGUGUCAUGUGGGAUAUGUGUUGAAUCCAGACCAGAAAACAUGUUCACGUUCAGAUUCAUGUGCCCAGGGACAUGACUGCCAGCAUGUUUGUGUCAGCACUGAUGACUCAUACAUCUGCAAAUGUCGAGAAGGAUAUGUGUUGAAUGCAGACCAGAAAACAUGCUCACGUUCUGGUCCAUGUGCCCAUGGACACGAUUGUCAGCACAUGUGUAUAAACAAUGAUGACUCAUACAUCUGCAAGUGUCGAGUGGGAUUUGUGUUGAAUACAGACCAGAAAACAUGCUCACCCUCAGAUGCAUGUCUCCAGGAGCAUGGCUGCCAGCAAAUCUGUGUCAAGAGUGGCAAUUCUUACCUUUGCAUGUGUCAUGAGGGAUAUGUGUUGAAUGCAGACCAGAAAACAUGUUCACGUUCAGAUUCAUGUGCCCAGGGACAUGACUGCCAGCAUGUUUGUGUCAGCACUGAUGACUCAUACAUCUGCAAAUGUCGAGAAGGAUAUGUGUUGAAUGCAGACCAGAAAACAUGCUCACGUUCAGCUUUGAAUGCAUGUGCCCAGGGACAUGACUGCCAGCACACAUGCAUCAACAAUGGUGAUUCUUACAACUGCGAGUGUCGAAUGGGAUACGUGUUGAAUAGAGACCUGAAAACAUGUUCACAGGAAGUGAGGAGUGAACUAAACCUUGAUGCCUGCAUGUGUGAAGCUCAGAUUGUGUUCCAGAAUAAAGUGAAGUCAUCCAUUCAAGAACUGAGCAGAAAACUUGAUGAGCUUUCAGACAAAGUGAACCUGAUUGAGGGCCAGCAGGAGUAUUAAGAACAGUCAGGACUAGCAUCCACUUUUCUUGACCAGCAGCAGUCAUCUGUAACCCUCAAAAGCCCUUCAUGUUUCAGUUCAGAUAUCUAAGAUUUCAUAGAUGCAUGUAUGCUAUUGAUUACAUAUUCAGUAUAAUGAUAGUAUUAUGAUUUUAUAUUAUAACUGCCUUUUGCAUUCACAACACUCUCUGUUAUAAAUGUUUACCUGUACCUCUAUAUUUAUAAGAAAAGCUAUUUCCUCCUAAACUUGUAAGUCAUUUAUUUGAGACUCAAAUCAUGUAUGAUUAUUAGGGAAGGUAAAGAAUAGACAUGUAAACAUUAAAUUAUAAAAACAAUUUACAUGUUAAAAGUUUAAUCUGUGUUUUAUAAUGAAUGUUUUAAUUAAUCUUUGGUGGAGAACAUGUACCACAUCCUUUUUGUGUAUGCGCUGCUCCAAGAGCACUUCUUGGCAGGCGAUUUUGUGUGGGGUUCUCCAUACGAUAGAAAGACUUGAUCCAUAGUUAUAACACCACAACUAAUCUCUUAUGCAACAAGAUGAUUGUUUUUUUAAAUCUCUCUGAUUACAUAAUUAUUAUGCAGUGAAAAGACUUAAAUUAAACCUGAUUCAACUGGCCCCUAGCAGUGUUAAGUCACAGAACAACAUUGUGAACUGAAAUAUUUCACAGUAUUUACUGUUAAUUGUUGUUCUGUUGUAACACAUGGUACAGUUUAGUGAGUUUUUGGGUGAUUGAACCGCUAUAAAACGCACUUGGAAAGUCAAGGACCAAUUAUUCUGGCCAUUAAAUACUAACUUCAGCACACUUAGUUUUGAAACUGGCAGAUUCUGAGGUCAGAUCCAUAUCGUAUUUCACUGUACAGCAAGUUUUCUUCAUACACUACACUUGUGUACUGUAUUUUCUACUUUGUCAAAUCAAACAUGUGAAAACCGUAAUAGGACUGAGUCUACUUGUGGUGCUGCAGCCUUCUUGUAAACUAACAAGCUAUGCCAAUGACAUACUUUGGUGCUUGUGUAAUUCAAUGAAGUAACUUGGGAGUAAAAUUACAUAAAUAAAUAUUCUAAA